UCUCUCUCUCUCCCAGGAGCAAAGGAAACAGAAAGAAAAAACAGAGGGAGCAGCAGCAGCGGUAGCGAAGGGAUAACGCCUCCAUGGCUUCGUCGCUGCUUGGCGCCAUCUCCCUCCUCCCCGCCGCGCGCCCCCGCCGCGCCACCACCAGACGCCGCGCCCUCGCCAAGAUCUCCUGCAUCGGAUGGGACCCCGAGGGCGUCCUCGGCCCGCCGCAGGGCGGCCACAUCGCCCGCCUCGAGUUCCGCCGCCGCCUCGACAGGGACUCCGACGCCCGCGAGGCCUUCCAGCGCCAGGUCCGCGAGGAGCAGGAGCGCCGCCGCCAGGAACGCGAGGCGCGCGUCAUCCCUGACACCGACGCCGGUCUCGUCGAGUUCUUCCUCGACACGGAGGCGCGCGAGAUCGAGGUCGAGAUCGCCAGGCUCCGCCCCAGGCUCAACCAGCCCUUCUUCGACUACAUCCAACGCGAGCUCGCCCAAAUCAAGUUUGCCAUCACCCGGACCGCGGAGAUGGAGGACAGAUUGAUCGAGUUGGAAGCAAUGCAAAAAGUGCUGCUUGAGGGAGUGGAGGCCUAUGACAAGCUGCAAAAUGACCUCGUCACCGCUAAAGAACGCCUCACAAAGAUCCUGCAAUCCAGCGAUAAAAAAUCGACACUUCUUGAAAUGGUUGAACGGAAUGAGCUCAACAUGUCCAUAUUAACACUUCUUGAUGAAAAUAUAGCAAGUGCAAGGACAAGCAAUCAGGAAGAAGCUGUGGCUUUCAUGGAGAAUGUGCGCACGUCCAUCCUGAAAUAUAUCACAGUAUGAAAUUUGUAGGCAUGUGGACUUAUCCUUGCCACAUGGUUAUCACAAUUAGGUCAUGAACCUGUAAUUUGCAAGGACAUGUCACGGAUUUGAGGGUUUGCUUAUGUUUCUUUCCUAUUUAGGUUUGUGUUCUAUAUAUAUAAUUCUCAUGUCAGGGGUGAAUAGCUUUAUGGUAAAGAGUAACUGUAUAAUCAUAUACCUGUACCGCCAACAAAUACGGAACAACUACGUACCAAAUUUCCUGGUUGGAGAAAUAGUUUUACUUGUUCAA